AUGUGGAGCUUCAGCAAGACAUUUCUGGGAUGGGGCUGCUCCAUUGUGGAUAAGGCAUGGCCGAGUAUUAGAGCUGUGACCAAACGUUCUCCUGAUCCCCUCAAGCUCGUUUCUUGUGCAAUUGAGUGGAAAAAGGUAGAUGAGUAUGUUAUGAGGUCUUCGUCAAAGCUUAAGACCAGUGUUGUCCUGAAUAAUCUGGCGGUCAUAGAAUUACGAAGGAGAAAGGCUCUUCAAAUCUUUUCCCAGAUGAAAGAAGAUGGGAUUAGGCCAUAUGGGUCUAGCUUUGUUGUUGUUUUAAUGGCUUGCAUGUGCUUAGGGGCAGAGAAGGAAGGACAUAAACAUUUUGAGUCAAUGAGCAGGGGUUAUGGGAUCAUUCUCGCAGAAGAGCAUUAUGAAGCUAUGGUUGAUCUUCUUGGAAGAUCAGGAAAGAUAGCGGAGUGCAAAGGAGUUUGUUGCAAAUAUACCAAUCGACUCAAGCACCAGAGUUUGGGAGACUCUACAGAAGCACUCGAAAGCCAGAACACAAGGGCAACUGGGUUAUUCUGUAUCACCAUAAGGGCAAAGGACAGCUUUAACAUAAAUUAUAAAAGAGCGACUUCAGACGGGAUCAAGGCAUAUGAAAAGUUGAGGUCUUUGAGUAAAGAGGUAAGGGAUGCUGGAUAUUUGCCGGACACAAGGUUUGUGUUUCAUGAUCUUGACCAAGAGGCGAAGGAGAAGACCUUGUUCUACCACAUUGAAAGGAUAGCCAUUGCUUAUGGGCUUAUCAAUACUCCUCGUGGGACCUCUUUAAGGAUAAUGAAAAACCUAAGGAUUUGUGGGGACUGUCAUAAUUUCAUCAAGAUCCUUUCCAAAAUGAAGAACCGAUAG